AUGUUGGGGCAAGACCCAAAGGCAGUUCAGGGUUUGGUCUCCGACCUUAAGAUGUUGGCUGCCUAUGAGACUGCGGCAGAGUGGAGUGAGACAAAGGCCAUGGAUGGGGCCUUUGCGGCUUUGUCAUGGGACGAUUCUGCUGUGAAGGCUGCGAUGCCAGAGUAUUUGAAGUCCACUGGCGAGGAACGCAUGAAGGUAGAUUAUGCCUUCAAUGCGCUGGUUCCUCGUUCAUCACCAGACGCGGACCCACGACAGGCCAGAUUUGGAUUUCAUAGAUGA